AUGCCUCCCUCCGACAGUUCCGGAAGCUUGCCUGGCGAUUUGGCAACCAGGACCAAACAGCAAACCACCAGCCGUAUGAUGAAAACCACCCGACGCGGCCGUCCCUUCGCCAAGGACACUCACGACCUCUUUGCCACGCUCAUUGUCUCGCUCGAACUCGGCACGCAUCGUCAGUACUUCAAGACCUAUCACAAUUCCUUUACCACCGAUGAAGCGGCCGAAAACCUCUCCCAUCUCAAGUUCUCGCAGUCCAAUCGCGUUCCAGAUCCUAAUGAACCCAGUCGCGUCGUCACCACCACGACCACCACCACGUUCAGCAUGAACCGUGAUAUGGCCAAGGGCAUCUGCCAGCAUUUCAUGGACGCUCGCCUCAUCGAGAACGCCGGCGAUGCAACCAACCCCAUCUUCAAGGACAAAGGCGUCUAUAUGCUCACCCCGAAAGGUCUUCACAUCCUCGAGCGCUUCAUCACCAAAAAUGGCAUCAACGGCGACCACCUGCUCAAGGUGUUCUCCUCCCAACCCAUCUGCAUGAAGUUGCUCCACCUCGAGAGGCGCGCGACCGACGACGAGCUGCUCAUCAACACCCCUGUGCUUGAAGUCAUCUUUCGACGUUUCGUCGGCCGCGCUCCCAACUACGAGACCGCACCCAAAUCCGAACAUGGCGAAGGAGGCGUCGAUCGCACUUUGGGAGUCGAGAUGGCCGACGUUCAGGAAAAGGUCAAGGGCCAAGGACAACGCACGGUCAAGCAGGCCUUCAACUCGAUGGGCGCACUCGAUUGGCUCUGCGAUUUUACCACAGUCUGCGGCAAGGACGAGGCGGCCGAGGUCAUGGCCCACUUCCAACGUCUCGACUUCAUCCGUCUUGUGCUGGACAAGUCGAAACGCGAAGUGGAACCUUACGACGAUCGGGAUGUCAUUCUUCGCGUAGAAGACGGCCGCGGCGGCGUCAGCGAGGGUCACUAUCGCUGCCAUUCCAAGACCUUGUACGGCGUCAGCGACAAGGGUCGUCAAGUAGCGCGUUGGGACGGCUCUGACUCGCCCGCUUCCGGCACUGCCAGCCCCGCUCGAGACGAAAGCCUUCGACUAGGCGACGAAUCCGCUUCCAUGCGUUCAGCGAAGCAGGAAUCGACUUCAGCAGCACGCGAAACAGGCAGCCCAGGCUCAAAGGAUUCUCGCUUGGCAAGCAAACCCUCCACCAAGUUGCGCAACGAGCGCGCAUCGACGCCGGCAUCCGGCGGAGCUGCGGGGAUUGGCCAGGGCCUGCACGAUUCUUCUUCCUACAGCAGCAGGGACAGCAACACGAAUCGACUCAAGAACAUCCUGGACGAGCCGGCGCUGCGCUCCCUGUUCCGCGAGUUCCUGCGACAAAACUUUUGCGAGGAGAAUCUCAGCUUCUGGCUGGAUGUGCAAGACUUCAAGCGUCGUUUCCACACCACCUCGAGCGCGGUGGCCGUGCAGACCCCUUCCAAAGAGCACAAAAGCGGUGUCGGGCGCCGGCUCGGACGCAGCGUCACCGGUGCCCUCGCGGGCGGCCAAAAGGACAGGACCGAGGACGACAAUCAGGGCUUGAGCGCCAUGGAGAAGCACCAGCAGGAUCUGGUGAGCAUGGCCUUUGUCAUUUACGACACUUAUCUCGCGCCAUCGUCGCCUUGCGAGCUCAACAUCGACCACAACCUUCGCACCGAGUUGAUCCUGUACAUGAACAAGAUUCUUGCCGAUGCGAAGCUCACGUCCUAUCCGUCUCACAUCGCUUCUCCGUCCACGUCGACGCUGCAUCUGAGCUCCAGCACGGCUGGCAGCGAUGCCAAUGUAGGACACGCAGGCGAGCCAACCUCGAUCGAGGAGCGGAAGGCGGCCGUGGUGUCGAAGCGUCUUCGGAUCCCGUUGCACGCAAGCCAGCUGCAGGUCAUGGUGAGACUGUACGAGCGCAUACAAGACUACAUCUUCCGGCUCAUGGCGACCGAUUCGGUGCCGCGCUUCAUCAAGGACGCCCGCUUCAUCCAGCUGGUCCGAUCCGUCGAGGAGUACACCGAGGCUCUCGCCGCUGGUCGCAUCGAUCCGGAGCAGAACGCAGGCCCCGCUGUGGGUCGAGCCGUCUUUGAAGCGAUGCAGCUCGGGUCGGCCGACAUGCUUGCGCAGAACAGCAACGAUGGACGUCCCUCGAUGGACGCGGGUUCCUAUCGACCUCUUUCGGCGCCGCAGAAGCCAGCGUCGAAGGGAGUGCCGGCUGUUCCUUCGAUCCCAGCACAGAUUCUGCACGACCGCAAUGCGAGCGCUGGUACCAAGUCUUCUUCUCACGACCGCUAA